AUGGCGAUGUUGCCAAGGGAACAGCACCUGCAACUUUGCCUUGUUGGCUUCUUGUCUCUAUGCUUGUUUCGUAAUACAGCAGGAUUUCAAUUGAAGACACCAUUCCAUCGACUGCCAACCGUUGGAAGAACGUCCCAAACUACGCUUUCAGAAACCAUUGAGAAUGAUGGUGUUCGCAGCAAAGAAGAUGACAUUGCGGCUACAAUGGAAGCGAUCAUUCAGAACGAAGAGGAUCAGACUGAGCAGCAGGACUUCUUUGUAAUGCCUGAUACUCCUUCGGCCAACUUCAACGGCUAUUCGAUGCCAACUGGAAAAACAACUGGUUACAGCGCUUUUCUUGAUUGGAAACCAGAUUGGAUGAAGCCUUUUCAACCCAAGACCGUCUUGGAUGUCUUGGAUGAUGAAAUGAAUGAAGAUGGCUAUGGAGAUAUGUAUCGAAAAAAACGAUCGUUUUUCUAUCGGGCACUCAGAUUUCCGCUCAAGCUGGCCAAGAAAGCGCUGAAGAAAACGACCGAGGACCCUGGAACCUUGAUUCUUGUCCGUCAUGGAGAAUCUGAAUGGAAUGCAAACAAAACAUUUACAGGCUGGGCAGAUCCUGAUCUAACCGUGCAGGGCCGAAGAGAAGUAGAGCAUGCCGCUCGGUUGCUGAUGGCAGGUGGUUACAAUGUUGACGUAGUUUUCACAUCCAGGCUGAAACGGGCCAUUCGAUCAACAUGGAUAUUGCUGCAAGAACUAAAUGAAGUCUAUUCACCUGUAUUCAAGAGCUGGAGAUUGAAUGAGCGGAAUUAUGGUGCUUUGACUGGGCUCAGCAAAUUGGAGACUGCGAAGCGCUUGGGACAAGAUCUAGUGCAAGAAUGGCGGGGAUCCCUUCGCUCCAGGCCUCCACCCUUGACUCCAAAUGAUCCAUAUUGGCCUGGACGAGAAAGGCGAUAUGCAGAUUUGACAAAUGACCAGAUUCCCUUGACAGAGUCCCUCUUGGACUGUAUGGAACGUACCACGCCAUUGUGGGAAAACAAGAUAAAGUAUGAACUGAAGAAAGGUCGCAACGUCCUAGUUGUAGCUCAUGCAAACACACUCCGUGGGCUUGUCAAGACUAUCGACAACAUUGGCGACGCAGAAAUUCAAGAUGUUGCCAUACCGACCGGCAUACCCAUCGUUUACAAGUUUGACAAAGAGCUCAGGUCUAUUCCGCCAGCAAAAGAGGAUAACGCUGUUAGUCAAAUCCACAUGAAUGCUCUCUUCCUCGAGAAACCAGGAAUAUUGAAAGAAGCUCUGAAGCGGGAGUUACAGUGGUCCGAAGCAGUUCCUGGGUACAAUAGAACCAUGUCCAGGUAUACUAGACCAAUGACUUCUAUUGAAAGAAGCUUGUACAAGCUUGACGCUGAAAGAGAGUUGGGUGAGUGGGCGAGUGAGUUCAUCGAUGCCAAUGCACCAAUUGAAGAUGAUGGUAACGACGGUAAUUUUGGAAGACCCAUGAUGCUGUCAGAAAGCGAAGUCUGGGAUCUGGGCUUGAAGCAGCUUGAGAGCGGAGAACAGUUUGAUCCUGACAGCCCAAGCUUCCACGCAACGGAAAGGGACGAAGAGGAGCUGAUUGAAAACGAUGCAGACGAAACCGUUACGCCCAACAUGGUGGCUAACCCUUGCAUCACAUCGAUUCCAAGCGCAACUGUUUUGGGAAACGAAGGAAUGUCGAAAAUAAGAAGAGAUUCUGUUAUCGUAAUCAUCAGACAUGGCAAGACCCAGCAUAACAAAUUGGGACUAUUCACCGGAUGGGAGGAUGCACCACUUGCUGAUGAGGGAAUCGAAGAGGCUAAAGAGGCAGGAAGGCUACUGAAGCUGCACGGAUUUGAAUUUGAUGUUGUGUACACUUCAUGGCUAUCGCGAGCUCUUGAAACUGCUUGGUAUGUCAUGGACGAAAUGGAUGCUUUAUGGCUUCCAAUCAUCAAGACUUGGCGAUUGAACGAACGAAUGUACGGAUCUUUGACUGGACUCUCGAAGCAAAUGGUGAAACAAAAAUAUGGAGAUGAGCAAUUCAAGGCAUGGCGACGUGGUUUUGAAGUCAAGCCUCCUGCUGUCUCAUCAUUUUCUCCACAUUAUCCUGGAAAUGACAAGCGGUAUCAAAAGUAUUUGAAGGACAAGAGAUACUCGUUACGAGAAACUCUUAUUCGCAGCAUUGAAAGUGGAGAAUUGAAACUGGAGCGAAAACUCCCAAAAACUGAGAGUCUCAAGGACUGUAUGGAGCGGACUAUCCCAUACUUUGUUGAACGAAUCGCCGUCGACGCCGUAGAUCAAGGAAAGCGAGUGUUGAUCUCUUCAUCAGAGAAUGCGAUUCGUGGACUACUUAUGCAUCUCUUGGACAUUGAGGAAGAGGAUAUUACUGGCCUGGAGAUCCCCAAUGGGCUUCCUCUGAUUUACGAUGUCAAGUCGAAAUGCUUAAAGUUGUUGGACGACGGUACUGGUCGUGAUCCUUUGGAGGUUCAUAACUUUGGAAAAGCAGGGAAGUAUCUCUUUCGCCCAUGUCAGAAUGAAGAUGGCACACUUGACGAGGAGUGCACCAUUGAUUUCUCAACAAAGAUUACGAAGGAAGAGCAAGCGGCCAUUGAAUCGAUAAAACGAGGAACAGCAUCUGCAGUCUAG